CGGGGCGGCGGGACCGGCGCUGGCCUGCCCUGCGCGCGGCCCACGGCUGCUCGCGGCCCGCGCGGCUGAGGGCCUCCGGCAGCCGCUGAGUGUAUCACCUUCAGGAGAUGGCCUCUUCUAAGUCUUUGAUAAACCUUCUAACCUUCACUUUUGGAUCAGCAAUUGGAUUUUUUGUCUGCUACCUCCUGUUCAGCAUUAUACUAGAGGAACAGGUUAAGGUCCAGCCUCAUAUCCUGCACAAUGAUCCACAUGGUCAACACUCAGCAGAUACUGAUAACAAUCAGCUGCAAGGACAGAUGAAUUUUAAUGCAGACUCUGGACAGCAUAAAGAUGAGAACAAAAAUAUUGCAGAGGAUCUGUAUCAGAAGGUGAAAAUACUGUGCUGGGUCAUGACUGGACCUCAGAAUCUAGAAAAGAAAGCCAAGCAUGUUAAGGCCACUUGGGCCCAACGGUGUAAUAAAAUACUUUUUAUGAGCUCUGAGGAAAACAAAGACUUCCCAGCUGUGGGCCUAGAAACCAAAGAAGGCAGAGACCAACUGUACUGGAAAACUAUUAAAGCUUUUCAAUAUGUACAUGACCAUUAUUUUGAUGAUGCUGAUUGGUUUAUGAAAGCAGAUGAUGAUACUUAUGUUAUACUGGACAAUUUGAGAUGGCUUCUGUCCAAAUACAGUCCUGAACAACCAAUCUACUUUGGAAGAAGAUUUAAGCCUUAUGUGAAACAGGGCUACAUGAGUGGAGGAGCAGGAUAUGUUCUGAGCAAAGAAGCCCUGAAGAGAUUUGUUGCUGCAUUCAAAACAAAGAAAUGCUCCCACAGUUCUUCUAUUGAAGACCUAGCACUGGGAAAAUGCAUGGAGAUCAUUAAUGUGGAAGCAGGAGAUUCUAGGGAUACAAAUGGCAGAGAAACUUUUCAUCCCUUUGUUCCAGAGCAUCACUUGAUCAGAGGAUACCUACCAAAAACAUUCUGGUACUGGAAUUACAAUUACUAUCCUGCUGUAGAGGGUCCUGGAUGCUGCUCUGAUCUUGCAGUUUCAUUCCACUACGUGGAUUCUGUGACUAUGUACCACUUGGAAUAUUUGAUUUAUCACCUCCGCCCCUAUGGCUAUUUGUAUCGGUACAAUCCUGAUCAGGCAAAGGAAGCAGAAGAGCAGAGCAAAACUGAAGCACUGGAGGAUAAUCAAAAGCUAAAGCAAAACGUUCCUGAGAAUUCACUGGGCUUGGAAGAGAAAAAGAAGAAGCCAGUGCAAUGAAUGAGAGCCUCCUCAAACUCCUGCAUGAAGCUUGUGGACUAGAAUUACUUAGGUCAGAAGUCGCCUUGGCACUGCUUCCUGUCACUGUGUGCACAGCAGAGGCUGGAUCUGACUCUUUGGGAGAGUGUGACCUUACAGCUCUGCUCAUGAAGAUUUGGGGCCCUAAAGCUGUGCAAUAAGAGGUUGUUCUGGUACACUAAUAUCUGGAAGAAUCUACAUAGAAACCACAGUGGAUGGGUUCAAAGAUCAUCAUUUGGUGUUGCUGUUGCCAUUUGCUCUUCUCUGUUUCCUUUCAGAUGCUCCUUAAGGUCCACUCUCAUAUUAGGAAUUGGAUGCUGCACUGCCAGUAACUUCCCGAGGGCUUUCUCUAGAUCCAAAAUAUCCUGAAUUUAAUUCCUUUGUGUGAAAUUUACCUUCCUCUGAAUUUCCUUUGUGUGAAACUGACCUUGCUCCAUAAGGAAGGGAGAAGUGUGAAAAUGGGAGUCUCAAGUCUGCUUUGCCUUAAUGAGAGGUUAUUGUGAGUAGGCAGAGAUCCACCCCAAGGGUUAAUCUGAAUUGUUUCAGAAAUGGAAUUCACUGCUAGGAAUUAGUUAAAAAACCCUUGAACCUGGAUCUGUGCUUUUCCAGGGAGAAACCCAGAAAGAGUUGGUCUUAAGUGGCUGAGAUGAUGCAAGCUGCUUACAUAUUUCUAACUUUUUGUUUUUCAAUUCACUUCCCCUUUUGAUUGAAUUGAUAUAAGAAUUCAUCUCGGAGUUUCUCAGUGUGAGGUAAGGCCGAUGGCUUUGAAAACAGAAGGCUCUCUCCCAUCACACCUGUGUCAAUAAGAGCAGCAUCUUAGCAAAGCUACAAAAGGCAUUACAACAACUGGGUGUGGGUUUUCCCAUCACUGUAAUUUGAGAUUGUGGAGUUAGCUCUUUCAUUAGCGUUUUACAGGUGCAAACUAAGUGCAGCAAAGCGACUUUGACUGCUCCUCUGAACGUGGCAUUUUUUUUCACCCUCCUCCACUGUUUAAAGUUUCUUCUGCAUCUGCUUCUUGUUACCUUUCUCAGAGCAAAAUGUUGCUCAAUAAUCCUUGUUUUGGAGCUGAAAUACACAGUUCAUUCAGGUCAGCCAGCCUGAACGCAGGAAUCUUCCAAAGUGCAUUAACUUUCUCCACUACUUUAUGAAUAUAUCUGCUUCUUGACUGAAAAGACUUCCUUGGUGUGGGACAGAAGAGGUGUUUUAAUCACUGGAACAUUUCCAGAGGCCAAGCCUGUGUUUUAAAUGAUUAACAUAAAGCUUUCUGAUUUCUCUCUCUUUUUUUUUUCUCUCCACAGUGAGUGAAUAGCAGUAUGGGAGAUAGGGUUGAGCUUGAACAUGUAGUGUGUCUUUAUUCCACACCUGGACAAAAGCUUCUUCUUCAUUUUAUCACUUUUCACCUUCAUCAUAUUGAUGAAUUUGGACAUAACCUUAUUACCUCUGGUCUUUGUUCUGGAAAGGGCACAUACUGGUAGCAGACAGACUUAUUUACUGCUGCUGUCCUUCAGGAUGUUCCUGGAAGAGACUGUUACCAUAAAGUACUGGAAUUCUUUUCUUUUUUGUUAUUUUCCAAAGAUAGUUCUUGUACAGGCUGAGGUUCUACCUGGUGUCCAACAGUAAAGAGUCUUUGCUUCCUUUCUGACCGUUGCUCUGCAGCAUGAUGGCAAUUGCUGAGCUGUCUCCUGGAGCUGAAGUGCUACAUCCAUCUCUGCCUGCACACAGGCUGGGUUCAUUGAUCAAGUUUUAGUUAAAGGAAUGGUCCCUGCAGGGUUAAAUCUGUUGGUCUUUGGUGAACAGAGCUGCCUCUGAAGUACUGAAAGGGAGGUGAGCUUUGGUUUAUGUCACCAGUAGAAAGUAAGAACAGCACUGGUUUCAAACAGGAAAAAAGUCUCCAGCUUGCUGUAGGCAGAGGAGAAAGGAUGGUACCAUGCUGAGAGGUGCCUCCUCCUGUGAGCUCAACGUUCAUCCCACAUGCUGCACAAUCCACCUGUAUUGAUAACUCCAGCGGCAUCAUUCAGACAGGCACUUACCCAUUUCUGGAAUGCUUUAAGAAGCUACUAAAUGAAAUCAGAGUUCCUUACUUAAUCUCUGUAAAGUCAGCCCCUGUAGAAGAUCUGCUGAACUGCUGUGCUGUUCCUUUCUUACAGCUGUAUUCCUCAGUUCAUCCCUGGGCAUUGAAGAUGUUCUGCUGCAAAAGGCAGAAGUGACCUUGCCCAUUCUCUGCAGAUUUGUGUCCUGUUUGCUUGUGCUGCCCUGUGAGGCACCAUUUUCCCCUCUUCCUAUUCCUGGCCUGGCUUUGCCCUUUCAGUUUCAUCAUGCCUGAGGCUCAGGUGGACAAGAGGCAGUGAGAUGUUUGAGCUUCACACAGGCUGGCUACUGAGGUGGCAAGUUAAACCAGCUGAGCUCAUGGUGAAGCCUUUUCUCAGCAACCGUUCUGGGGCUUGUGGGUCUAGCAUGUCCCUUUCCACAAAUCAUCUGUGACCUCAGAAGGAGCUGAGAAAGGAGAAAGUUCCAUUUCUUGAGGGAAUAAGGCUAAGAGCUUAACUACCUAGUGAUAAAUAUGUGGCCUGUCUGGAGAAAGAAUAGUAGCCUUUUCUUCAAUCACCCAUUUUUGCUUUGUUUUCAAGUGUCCUUGUUCUUAAGCCUCUGUUUUUCUGCCUUUCUAACAGCACUGCAAAGAUUUCUUCUUUUCCUUCCAGACAAGCUAGAAAAGUAUCAGCUGCUCCAUUCUGUGAUGCUGACAGAGGGCUCUUGUUCUCUGGUGCAUUGUAUUGCCAUAACGAUCAGCUGAUGGCUCUGCAAUAACUGCUUUGGAGCUCAUUCCCUUCAAAAGCUUCAGUGGACAAGGUUGGAAUGUGACCUGUUAGUGUAAUUUUCACGUACAAUAUCACACUGCUGUUAGUAGUUUGUUGUUUCAGGUCUUUGUGCUUUGAGAAAGUAUGGAGCUGGAGCAUUUCUGCAGCUCGAGGAUGCUACUUGGAUUUCAGGGGGGUAGAUCCUUCUGAGGCACAACAACUUAAGGUCUCUUAGACUGUACUGGUUUAUUGCUGGCUGCAUUGGGUUUGUUUCUGAAAGGUUUCUUGGUUGUUACAUAGCCUCAAAGCUUCCACUGGAGCUGUGGUGAUAGAAAUGGCUCAUUUAAAAAGUCUGAACUUGCUUUCCUGAAAGUACUGGGCAGGAGUUGCUUGCAUUUGGAUGUGGGAAUGUCACACAGUGCAGAAGUUUAACAUUGGUUUAGUGGCUUUGAGUUCAGAAAGCAGAAGAGUGCCAAGAGGUUACCAUCUGAGCACCUCUCUUAAUCAGACAACAGUGUCAAUCUCUGCAGACAUUGAGCAGUUUUGCUCUUCUUUCAUUCUACUUCGUUUUGUGGUCUGUGUUGGCCUCAUUUAAAGGGUUAGACACUGAUCAUGUCAGCAGCAUCUCUCACGUAGUGGAAGCUCUUUUCUCAGUGUCCUUCACCUUUCAGGGCACUUUCUGUUGUGCUUUGCUAGGAGUAGAUAUUAAUCACUGUGGGUUAAUUUUUUCCUUCACGUGUUGCUCUUUGUUCUUUCAGGCUCCAGAGGUCUAAGUUUUAUUGCAGGGCUGAUUCUAGAGCUGUUCCAAACAGUUUGCUGUCUGAGCAGGGUGUUUCCUCUCUGUGUGACAGAAAAGUGUGGGUCGUUUCUCUGAUGUACUUGCUGCUGCUGUGAUGAAAACAGAUCCCUGGAUCCAGGACCACUUGGAAAGGCAGUUUUGUCCUUUUUUGUGUAGGUUUUUUUUUCCUCUCUCUUUUUUUUUUUUCUGUCAAGAAAAGCUUCUGUGGAACUUCAAAAGUGUCAUUUUCUUUCUUUUACUAUGUUGUAUUUAAAAAUACUCCACUUGUUCUAAAAAGAAUUGAAUAUUGCUGCUGGACAGUAUGCUCCACUGAAAACCUGUGAAUGUUUGACUUUGCUGUUCUAGGUAGUUGUGUCCCUAAUGGCAGGUAGAAGUUGGUGACGUGUCUGGAGUUAUCACCACCAGGAUUUGUUUCUUAAAUACCUUCUUUGAAGUGCCUUUGAUCAAUUUUUAGCAUCAAAAUUAAGUUGAGGAUUGAAAAAAUAAAAAGAAUAAACUAAGUUAUCUCAUA